AUGAGGACGUCGGUGCUGUGGGCGCUGUUACUGUUUGCUGGUGUCUCGCAGUGCGCACGAAUUCUUGGAAUCAAUCCAACGAGGUCCAUUAGUCACCAAACGCCGUUCUUAGCUAUUAUGGCAGCACUUGCUGAAAAGGGUCACCAAGUUACUGUGGUAACAACACAUCCUUUGAAGAGCUAUCUGCCAACAACGUAUCACUUAAAUAUUUUGUGUUUCAGAUCGAAGGACAAAUUUGACUUGGUCGUCCUCGAGACGUUAUUCUUCUGGUGCUAUUUUGGCUUUAUCCACGAACUGGGUUCACCACCUGUCGUCGGAUUCCUCUCGGUGGGGAUGACCCCCACUCUGAACAGCCUGAUUGGAAAUCCGUACAAUCCGUCCUAUAUACCAGAUUCACAUUCGGUGCUCACAUCUCACAUGAGCUUCUGGGACAGAAUGCGCAACAGUUACGACGUUCUGAACUUGCUAAGCCACUUCUACAACCAUGUCCUUCCUGCACACAGCAGACUGAUAGAGAAGCACUACGGCAAACACGUACCUGAUCUCGAAGAAAUGAUAAGCAACAUCAGUUUAGUAAUAGCUGCCAAUCAUUUCAGUAUAGACUACCCACAGCCAUUGCUGCCAAAUGUGGUACAGGUCACAGGAAUGCACAUCGUUCAAGAGAGGAAACCGCUGCCAAAGGAAAUACAGGACUUUCUGGAUGGAGCUGAACACGGGUUCAUAUACUUCAGCCUGGGGUCGAAUAUGAAGAGCAGCUUCCUUCCUGAGAACACACUCGCAGCGCUGCUGCAAGCGUUCGCAGAACUGCCGCAGAGGGUGCUCUGGAAGUUCGAGGCUACAGAACUGCCUGGGAGGCCGGACAACGUGAUGAUAGCUGGCUGGCUGCCGCAGCAGGACGUACUCGCUCACAAAAAUAUACGACUGUUCAUCACUCAGGGAGGUCUGCAGAGCUUCAACGAAGCAGCUUAUUUCGGAGUUCCUCUCAUCGGGAUUCCAUUCUUCUUCGAUCAGAAGUAUGAAGUCGCCAAGAUGGUUAGUGCAGGAAUCGGAAAGAAAUUGGUGCUAAGGUCUCUAACGAAAGAAACUGCUCUGGAUGCUCUCAAUGGCGUCCUCCGAAAUUCCAGCUACCGGGAGAAGAUGGAACAGUUCUCGGCGGUUUACCGGGAACACCAAGAGACGUCGCUGCAGAGGGCCGUGUGGUGGGUGGAGUACGUGCUGCGCCACGACGGGGCUCCCCACCUACGCAGCGCGGCCACGCACCUGCGCUGGUGGCAGCUGCUGCUGCUCGACGCCAUCGCAGUCUUGCUGGCAGCCGCUCUUGUGGUCAUCUUUGUUGUUUACAAACUAGUGCGGUGCCUUCGGAGUGCCCUGCGACGGAACAACAAGCAAAAGCAAAGCUGA